AUCGAGUUGGUUUUUUUUUUUUACGUCAAUGAUAUUAAAGCUGCUAGUUAGUUUUAUAUUUUUUACCUUGUUCCUUAUAAUGAGUCAUAGUAGCCGCCAUGAUUGCAGUUCUCCAGCCUCUAGUAAUGUCAUUUUUAAACCUGGUCUUUUGCCACUUGUAAUUACUGCUCCACAUGGCGGUUGGAAGAGACCGACGACAAUACCUGACAGGGUUAAAAACGGUAGUCUAGUCUUGACAGAUUUGUAUACGGCAGAAAUAGCACAGGACAUUUAUGAGAGAAUCGAGCAACAUUAUGGACAUUCACCUCAUCUUGUAGUCAACACAAUAAGUAGAAGAAAAGCAGAUCCAAACAGGGAUAUUGAUGAAGGCACAGAAACGGAAGGAGGUCGACAUAUGUGGAUAGAGUAUCACAGUCGCAUUAGGGAUGCCAUUGAAGCCUUGCAUCGUAGGCAUAGCUUUGGCUUACUCAUAGACAUUCAUGGGCAUACUCACCCUCAAGGCAUGAUCGAACUGGGUUACUUGAUAGAACCUACAGAUAUGAGGUCAAGUUCUGAUAUAUUAAAUCAAGUUGCCUUGAAGCAGUCGUCUAUUCAAUCAUUAGCAAGCAGGCACAAGAGCAUAAUUGAACCCUCCAAACUGCUGAAACAGUUUGGUGAUAACAUAGUCAACUAUAAUAGUAAUAUAACUGCUGUCCCGUCUACAGAUAACUUUGAACCAGGGGACGAAUAUUUCCGUGGAGCUUACACGAUACAGACAUAUCACCAUCACAAUGAUAAGGCUAGACAAGGACUUGAUGCUAUUCAAAUAGAAAUACCCCAGAGAUUCAGACUCACUCCAGAAAGUAGAGAGCAGCUUGUUCAUUCUGUAGCAAAUGCUGCAAUCCAGUUUUUAGAUAAUUAUUAUAUUAUUAAAACAAGGCUAUAGCCGUACUGUUUUAUUAAAAAUAAAUAUUUACGCAAAGGUUAAAGAUAAAAUACGUACAAAAGGAGGCGAAUAGCAAAUGUAAAAGACUAGAGAGACAAGCACCAAGGAG